UCCUCAGCGCCAUCUCCCACCUUGUCCACCCCCCUCAACCCCUUCAUUUCUGCCUUCUUAUUGCUUAUUCUUGCCCUGUGUUUGCCAGGUUGGGUGAAGUUCAUUGACUACGAAUACUCCAGCUACAACUACCAGGCCUUCGACAUAGGAAACCAUUUCAACGAGUUUGCAGGAGUCGCUGAGGUGGAUUACAGCCUGUACCCAGACAAGCACUUCCAGCUCCAGUGGCUAACCACAUACCUGGAGGCCUACAAGCGAUUCACGAAGAAGGGCAGCGAGGUGACCAAUGACGAAGUCCACACGCUGUUUGUCCAAGUCAACAAAUUCGCCUUAGCAUCUCAUUUCUUCUGGGGAUUCUGGGCCUUAAUCCAGGCCAAAUACUCCACGAUAGAGUUUGAUUUCUUAGGGUAA